UUUUGGUAAGCCUUAUACUAGCCUUAACCAAAAAGAAAUCUCUGAAUCAUACGAAUAUUCUUAUAUUUACAUAUACAACCUCAUUUCUAUUGACGAAAUUGGUAGAAUUGGUGCAAAUUUCUAAAGAUCUUUUCGACUCAGUUUAAUAAACAUUAAAAAAGUUGUAUAAAACCAUUUUACAGUUUAAAAAACAGAGAUUCUAAAAAUAAUCACAAGCCAUGGACGACAAAGAACUUGAUCAAAUCCGGCAACAAAGAAUUGCCCAAAUGGAGUCACAAUUUGGUGGAAAGGAUGCCGAACAACAAAAAGCUAUGCAAGAUCGGGCUCGUCAACAAGAAGACGCUAAAAACUCAAUUUUAUCACAGAUUAUGGAUCAAAAUGCCCGCGCUCGAUUAAACACAUUGAAAAUCAGCAAACCCGAAAAAGCACAAAUGGUGGAGGGAAUGAUUGUUCGCAUGGCGCAAAUGGGUCAAUUACAGGGCAAACUAGAUGAUGCACAACUCGUUCAACUAUUGGAAAGUGUCAAUUCACAAAUGCCUCGCAGUACAUCCAGCGUGAAAUUUGAUCGUAGGCGUGCCGCUAUUGAUUCAGACGAUGAAGACGAUUAUGGAUUGUAGAAGCUCCAUCUUUAAACCGUCCUCUUUACUUCGGUCUCUGUUUUAAUUGUGCAUUUGCUUUUGCUUCUCAAAAUUUCUGAAUCACACCCUUAACUUUAACUCAUUUUUUUUAAUCUUCAAUUUCCUUUUUCGUUCGAAUCGCUAAUUUUUGUAAAACCAUUAAUCGAUAAUAAAAGGAUAUAAUUUCACAAA